AUGAAGAAAAAGGCCGUAAUGUCUACCCUACAUGUGAAGUUUGCAGAGAAGACCUGGAAUGAGACUUUUCAGCUCAUCCGGAGAUGCAUGGAGAAAUCCAGAGAUGAAUCCAAACCCUGUGAGCCACUGGUUAGAUCCCUGGAAAGACUCCAGGAAGAGUUUGAUGUGUCCUCUAUGAACGUCAUGAGGUCCCGUCUGGAGAGGAUUGCCAAACGAUACGGAAUGGGUUUCCACUUCACCGAGGCCGCGUGCUACCUGACAGCCGACCUGUUCUACCUGGAAGUGCUGCUGCUGCCGGGCGGAGGAGUGGAGGAGGUAAAGGUGGCCCCUCAUGGACGACUCCCUGCUCCCAGCAAGUCUCUUCUUCAGCUGCUGAGGCGCAAACAUUUUGCUGAUUUCUCCAAAAGGCUGGGAGGCCUCUUCGUCCAGUACAGCAUCCAUGGAAACAAUGAAUUAAAAUUAAAAUUGUUGGCAUCUCUACAGCACCUCUGGAAAGACUUGCAGCAUAUGUCCCGUUUUCAAAGGGCACCGAUGCACUGUGACCCCAAGAUGGACAUGAUUAACAAUGCCACGACUGGAUAUCUAAGCACAGGAAAAGAAGAUUGUCCUUUGACUGUCCAGUUCUAUGUCCCUCCAAUGGAGACACUAGAUGCACAAACGACAGACAUAGAAGCCAUCCAGGCGGCCCAGGUUACCGUAGGUACCAGCAGCGUGUCUCACUGGCUUCAGAUGGCGUCUGUGAUCUGGCAGCUGGAUUUCCAGGGCCAUCCUGUGUUUGCUCCGAUGAGCGAGGUGCCAAAUGAGACGCUGCCGGCCUGUUUCCUGCUCAGACUGCAGCCAGAGAUACCAAUGAGGUUGUCUUUUGUACAGAAGCUCAGCCAAAUCACUGCCAUGACUGUACCAGAUGUUGACCUGCAGUGGGCACCCUUACCCAAGCUUCUGAUGGGAGGUUCACCGAGUGCAAACAGCCACUGGGAGACAUUAGAUGCACAGGAGAAUAUUUUCACAGUGCCUCUUCCUGGUGGUUUGAUGCACAGUUAUGUCCUCCCUGGAGCUGCCUGGGAUGCGCCCACUCACAGAGGGAUUGUGGUGGACAGCGUUGCCUUCACCCACCCCGCUCACGUGCCGGCCCUCCUGGAUGUGCUGCGUCACCAGUGUGCCAUCAACACCCUGCUGAGGAGCUGCUUCUCCGUCCGGGGUUCGGUUUGCGAUCAGUGCUUCGAAGUCCUUCCGGAGUCCGACACCAGCUUUUCUGUGACCUUCCACCGACCCAACACCGACUCCCUGACUGUUUUGCUGGUGGACGUACCCAGUCCUCAUGAGAUUACCUGCCGCUUGUUGGGAGCAGGAACAUAUGAUCCCUUCAUAGACGAAUACAUCGCCACGGUUAUGAAGAGGUGUAUGUCCAUUCCUGUGACAAUGAAGACAUUAUACAGCAAGCUAGAGGAGAUCACCUCUGCCCCACUUUCUCCCAGGCGCCCGGCCACCACAGAAGCCCAAAAUGACCACUGGGCUUCCAACUGGGACACCGACCGAGGCUCGGACACGUUCUCUCAGAGUUCACUCGUGCCAGAGGACGGCUUCUAUGUUUCUGCUUCAGCUUGCUUUGCCCAUGCUGUAGUCAAAUCCAAGCUUCUUCCUGAAAUACAUACGAGCUCUCCUGUCAACCACUUGCUCCCGUGGGUGUGUUCCCACCCUUGAUGAGCAACUGUCAGAACUAAACCUGCAUGUGAGGCGACACAGAAUCUUUUUUUAAUGCGUUAAAUAGCUGUUUUUGACAGAUCAGCUUAAACAGGACACAUGUAGCACUUACUCUGUAUUCGGUCCUUUUGUUGGCUGUUACGCCUUUAGAGAUGCUGAUUUGUAACUGCGGAAGGUUAAAUUUGCGAGCGCAUGAUCACAUCCAUCUCCUGCAGAAUACCAAAGUGUUUCUUACUAUGCAUUCCAGUGUGGCAGAGAUUGCUGGCUGUAAAGGUUUGAGGUUUGGCAUUUGACCUCAGCCAGCCAAGGGCCCAGUUGAUUGGUACCAUGUGAGCCAAUCAAACAUAGCUACAGUCCAUGAUGCAUUCUUGAUGGCUUGUAAGAAUAAACUAGAGAUCCACGCAUUAAAAAUAAAAAAUAGCUCCGGAGGACGCGUAAAUAACAUCAAGGACACUGAAAUGUAUCAUGUGUGGCUGGUAGCCGCUCUCAGUCACUUUUUCCUUUUAAGAAAAUAUAUUUUUUUCAUAAUAAAGAAACUGCUUUUGGU